CGAAGAAGAAUUUCAGCGAAUGACGUCCACGUACAGCCGAACAGAAGCCCCGCCCACUCCUCUCCCCGCGCUGUCGUCAAAGAUCGUGUAUUGGUAGAGAGGCAUUACUUCAUCGCUAUAAGGCUCCUACCUGCCGUGUACCUACUCUGAAACUCAGCCAGCAGCUCUGUAAACAUGGCGGGAGUUAUCCGGAGGCUCGACGAGACUGUUGUCAACCGGAUUGCUGCAGGAGAAGUUAUCCAGCGUCCUGCCAACGCCGUCAAAGAAAUGAUUGAAAACUGUUUGGAUGCCAAGUCCACCAGCAUUCAGGUGACGGUGAAAGACGGCGGACUGAAGCUGCUGCAGAUUCAAGACAACGGCACCGGGAUCAGGAAAGAGGAUAUGGAAAUCGUUUGUGAAAGGUUCACCACCAGCAAACUCCAGACUUUUGAGGACCUCUCAGCUAUAGCAACCUAUGGAUUCAGAGGAGAGGCCCUCGCUAGUAUCAGCCAUGUUGCCCAUGUAACCAUAACAACUAAAACAGCUGAUGCCAAGUGUGCUUACAGAGCAAACUACAGCGACGGCAAAUUAAAAGGCCCUCCCAAACUGUGUGCUGGCAACCAGGGAACACAGAUUCUUGUGGAGGACCUUUUCUAUAACGUGUCCACAAGGAGGAAAGCUUUAAAGAGCCCGAGUGAUGAGUACUCCAGGAUUGUAGAAGUGGUCAGCAGGUACGCCAUACACAACUCAGGAAAAAGUUUCUCUGUCAAAAAGCAAGGCGAGACUGUUGCAGAUGUGAGAACUCUACCCAAUGCAUCUGUAGUGGAUAAUAUAAGAGGAGUUUUUGGCAAUGCAGUCAGCAGGGAGCUGAUCGAAGUUGGCUGUGAAGAUCAGAAGCUUGCUUAUAAGAUGAAAGGCUACAUCUCAAACGCAAACUACUCAGUCAAGAAAUGCAUCCUGAUUCUCUUCAUCAACCAUCGCCUGGUGGAGUCGAGUGCUUUGAAGAAAGCAAUUGAGACCGUUUACGCUGCAUACCUUCCCAAGAACACACACCCCUUUCUGUACCUCAGUUUGGAAAUCGCUCCGCAGAAUGUAGACGUGAAUGUUCAUCCCACAAAGCAUGAGGUGCAUUUCUUGCACGAGGACAGUGUCAUUGAGAGUGUUCAGAAGCACAUCGAGAGCAAACUUCUGGGCUCCAACUCCUCACGUACAUAUUUCACUCAGACGCUGCUGCCAGGGCUGUCCGUCUCAGGUGGCACCGAGGUCAAGGCCUCCAGCACCACAGCAGAGUCUACUGAGCGAGUCUACGCACAUCAGAUGGUGAGGACCGACAGUCGUGCACAGAAGCUGGACGCUUUCCUUCAACCAAAAGAGAAGUCACCUCCUGACCCUGAGCCAGCUGGCCCCAGCAGGAAGGACUCUGUGACCAAAACAGUCCAGCCGGAUGUCACAGAGAUGGACGAUGCAGACCUGCUGGAGGCUCUUGAUCAGCAGGAAGCAGAGGUGCCAAAAGGCAAGGAAGAAAACAGUGUCGCUCCUCACGAUAUUCAAAGGAAGCGACCGAGGAAGGAGCAGGAGGACGAAGGCGAGGACCCGACGGUUGCAGCUACACCCGAGAGACGAGUGAUCAAGCUGACCAGCAUCAAAGACCUGAGAGCUGAGAUCUCUGAGAACACACACAAAGGUCUUCAAGAAAUGCUGCAGAACCACUCUUUUGUGGGCUGCGUCAAUCCCCAGUGGACUCUGAUCCAACAUCACACCAAACUGUACCUGCUCAACACCACCAAACUCAGCCAGGAGCUCUUCUACCAAAUACUCAUUUAUGACUUUGGGAACUUUGGUGUAUUGAGACUCUCUACACCUGCUCCACUUUAUGACUUGGCCAUGCUGGCUUUGGACUCCGAGGAGAGCGGCUGGACAGAAGACGACGGUCCUAAAGAAGGCCUGGCUCAGUACAUUGUGGACUUUCUGAAGAAGAAAGCUGAGAUGCUGGAGGACUAUUUCUCUGUGGAGAUCGACCAGGAAGGAAAUCUAACAGGACUUCCACUACUCCUGGACAAAUACACCCCUGUAAUGGAAGGUCUCCCAAUGUUCAUCCUACGCCUGGCCACUGAGGUGAACUGGGACAAUGAGAAGGACUGCUUCAGAGACUUCAGCAAGGAGUGCAGCAUGUUCUACUCCAUCAGGAAGCAGUACAUCCUGGAGGCUGAGCCAGGAGAGGAGCAGGAUGCUGAGGUGAACUGUUGGCGUUGGAAAGUCGAGCACGUCAUCUUCAAAGCAUUCCGGAGCCUCUUCAGUCCUCCAAAGGACUUCAGUGAGGAUGGCAGCGUGCUGCAGAUCGCCAACCUGCCUGAUCUCUAUAAAGUGUUUGAGAGGUGCUGAAUCUGAUCAUCAAAUCUGACUGAAAAAAAUCAACCAUAUAUGCUGCUCUUUUCUGUUUGAUGUAAAAAAUUUCGCUGUAAAUAAAUACUUUGUAUGAAAUAA